CCAGGCUGGGGCUCCUCCCCCUCGGGGCGGAGCCGUGUCACGUGCCGGGAAGAAAGAGCCAGCGGCGCGCAAGUCGCACAGGGCGCGGGGCGCUUGGGGCGGAGCGGCCAUGGCAGCUCCGGAGCCGCUGUCCCCGGCGGGUGGCGCGGGCGAGGAGGCACCGGAUGAGGACGAGGACGAGGCAGAGGCCGAGGACCCCGAGAGGCCGGCUGGAGCUGGCGGCGCGCGCAGCGGAGGCGGAGGCGGCGGGGGCGGGGGCGGGGGCGGCGGCGGCGGCGGCGGGGCCGGAGCCGGGGCGGGCCCGGGGGGCUGCGGCGGGCCUGGGGGCGCGCUCACCCGGCGCGCGGUCACGCUGCGGGUGCUCCUCAAAGAUGCGCUACUGGAGCCCGGCGCCGGGGUGCUGUCCAUCUACUACUUGGGGAAGAAGUUCAUGGGAGACCUACAGCCCGACGGGAGGAUCGUGUGGCAGGAAACGGGACAGGUGUUCAACUCACCCAGCGCCUGGGCCACCCACUGCAAGAAGCUGGUGAACCCAGCCAAGAAGUCCGGCUGUGGCUGGGCCUCUGUCAAGUACAAGGGCCAGAAACUGGACAAGUACAAGGCGGCCUGGCUCCGGCGACACCAGCUGCACAUUCCCACGGCUGCUGCCGAUGAGAGCCCGGCCAGUGAAGGGGAGGAGGAGGAGCUGUUGAUGGAGGAAGAAGAGGAGGAGGUUCUGGCAGGGGUCUCCACUGAGGACAAGAGUCGGAGACUACCUGCCAAGGGACCCUUGGAGCCUGCGCACCCAGAGGCCGUGCCCCCUGGGAAGCGGGUGGAAAACAAGAUCCGGGUGCCUGUGCGGUAUUGCAUGCUGGGCAGUCGAGACUCUGCCAGGAACCCCCACACCCUGGUGGAAGUAACAUCCUUCGCUGCCAUCAACAAGUUCCAGCCAUUCAACGUGGCCAUCUCCAGCAACGUGCUGUUCCUGCUGGACUUCCACAGCCACCUGACUCGAAGCGAGGUCGUGGGGUACCUGGGGGGCCGCUGGGACAUCAACAGCCAGAUGCUCACGGUGCUGAGAGCCUUCCCCUGUCGGAGCCGGCUGGGGGACGCGGAUAUGGCGGCCACCAUGGAAGAGGAGCCUCGCCUGUGCCCCCAGAUCUACCAGAGCCUGCUCCUGCGGGGCCUGUCCCUGGUGGGCUGGUACCACAGCCACCCGCACAGCCCCGCGCUCCCGUCGCUGCAGGACAUCGACUCGCAGAUGGACUACCAGCUGCGGCUGCAGGGCUCCAGCAACGGCUUCCAGCCCUGCCUCGCCCUGCUCUGCGCCCCUUACUACUCUGGCAACCCGGGCCCCGAGUCUAAGAUCUCCCCCUUCUGGGUGAUGCCGCCCCCCGAGUGUGAUUCUCUGGCUGCUGGGCCAGGACGCAUCCCCUCGUGGGAUCGGAGGCUGGGCGUGACUGGCUCGUGUCCCUGCCAGCAAAGGCCCAGUGACUACGGCAUCCCCAUGGACGUGGAGAUGGCCUACGUCCAGGACAACUUCCUGACUAAUGACAUCCUUCAUGAGAUGAUGCUGCUGGUGGAAUUCUACAAGGGCGCCCCGGACCUCGUGAGGUUCCAGGAGCCCUGGAGCCAGGAGCACACGUACCUCGACAAGCUGAAGAUCUCCCUGGCCAGCAGGACACCCAAGGACCAGGGCCUGUGCCACGUGCUGGAGCAGGUUUACAGCCUUCUUAAACAAGGGAGCUGAGGCCCCGCCUGCCAGGGCCUGGGGGGCCUCUUGGUCAGACUCUGAUCCCCCCCCCCCACCGUGGUUUGGGCUGAGGGGACUGGGACCAGGGGGUUCUCUUGGGGGCUGUGCCGCUCUGUUCCUGUGCAACUUAGCUGUGCGGUGGUUGGGGCACGGGUAAUAAAAGACAGAAGCAAA